CCCUUUUUCCGGUCCGCCGGAUUAUGAAUGACGGCCGGUGCGAGUAUUUUCCAGAUAAACUGGCUGUCGUUUUUCUCCUGGGCCCUGUGGAAGCGAGUGGUCUGCGGGCAGCAGCUCCCAGAGGCAGCCUUGGAAUUCCAGCUCGGGCUGGGCGGGAAGGCGCAGGCGGCCCAGGUCGCCGACACGCUCACGCACCCUCCCUGCCUGGCCGCGCCUCUGCGACCAGGUAAAGAGGGCGCUCGGGCCGCCAGCUUCUCAGCCUCCGCGACCCCCCAAGAACUGCUCUUUUCUUCGGGGGUCUACAGGGCUGAGGAUGCGGGGGAAGGGUGGGAAGGACAAGGGCGUGGUAUCAUCGUCCUGAUUUUUCUCCAGCCCUGGGGCCGCCUCAAAUUCCUUUUUGGUCACUCCUGCUGAAGGUGACCCAAUGAAAGAAGAAAAUGAAAGCCAUAAAGAAAAGUCUUACAGAAGAAGAAUACCUGUACCUGGACUUUUCUCACCAAACAAAAGGAUGCAUCUUUCCUCUUCAUACAUCUGUAACUUUAUUUCUGUUAUCUUACUGUGACUGUAAAAUCUUUAAAAUUUGCUUAGUUGUCACCAAAGAAGUGAGUACAGAUAGUUCACUACUAAGAGAUGAUCUGAUCCAGGAUGUUGAAAUACAGAUUAUUUCAAGGCAGGAGCUCCCACCAAUAGUCCAGAAUUGCUGUUUGCCUGCAGUAGUAGAACAAUCAGACAAUUUUUGUAGAGCAGGACUUGCUGUUGUAUUGAGACACAUAAUCCAGAAAUCCUAUGAAGCAGACCCCUUAAAGAAGGAACUUUUGGAACUUCUGGGCUUUAAAAAGACUUGCUUGAAAGCCUGUGCUGAAGUUAGUCAGUGGACCAGGCUAUGUGAACUCACCAUCCCUUUGGCUAUUGAGAAUUUUCUCAGAGAAUCUUCUGACCAGCCCUCUACUAUACCUGUAGAAAUACUACAGCUAGAGAAAAAGCUUAGUGAGCCUGUUAGAGUGCAUAAUGAUGAUAAGCUCCGCAGGCAGAAGCUCAAGCAACAGAAGGCUGAUGGAGUUGGGCCUCCCCUUACUAAGGGAAAGGCAAAGAGCAAGGUCCACACACAGGAAACAUCUGAAGAGUUGGAUUCUUCAUCCAAGAGUCUGGAACUGAAAGUGGCAUUCUCAAAGCUCACAGUACAGGAAGAACCAGCUACUACCAACAGAGAGCCUUCUCACAUCAGAAAAGCAAAAGCCUCCGACCUUCCACCUCUGGAGCAUGUGUUUGCAGAAGGGCUUUACUUCACUCUGGCAGAUAUUGUGCUCCUGCCCUGUAUCCAUCAUUUCUUGGUAAUUAUCAGCAGGAAAUUUUCUGAGAAGCUGGUAGAAUUUCCAUUGCUAGCCUCUUGGUACCAGAGGAUCCAGGAAGUGCCAGGAGUAAAAACAGCAGCUUCUAAGUGUGGGAUCCAAUUUCUCCAUUUACCAAAGUUGUUGACAACCUCAACUGAACAGCAUCCAAACUUAAGUGAAGUCCCAGGUGUAGAAGAGCAAAGCGAUCCUUUAUUUAUAGGAGGACCAAGACCAACCAUGGCCAAGUUAAUGGAAAAGGGCAUUGAAGUGAUGUUUUCUCCCCACCCUUGCCCUACUUGGACUCUUGAUUGGAAUGUUCUCCCUGCAGCAGUCAGCCCAAAGGAAGGUAAAAUGUCCAGUGAUCGAGCUUUGAGGAAGCAGCAACAGUUGAACAACCUUGUCUAUGUGGUAACAAAUCAGGCCAAACCUGGUGACAGAAUUGUGGAUUUCUGCAGUGGUGGGGGCCAUGUUGGAAUUGUCCUUGCUCACAUGCUGCCAUCAUGUCAGGUUACAUUAAUAGAAAACAAGGAAUUAUCAUUAAUUCGUGCUAAGAAGAGAAGUGACGAACUGGGUUUAAGCAACAUUUGGUUCAUUCAAGCAAAUAUGGAAUAUUUUACUGGGAUGUUUAAUAUUGGAGUAGCAUUGCAUGCUUGUGGAGUGGCAACAGACAUGGUGAUUGAGCACUGUAUCAAAACACGGGCUUCCUUCGUCACAUGCCCUUGCUGUUAUGGUUUCAUUCAGAACACCUCAAAGUUCAAUUUUCCAAAAAGUGAACAAUUCAAGAAAACUUUAUCAUACAAGGAACACAUGAUUCUGUGCAGAUUUGCAGACCAGACAGCUGUCCAGCUCCCACCCCAACGAAGGCUCAUAGGAAAACAGUGCAUGUGCUUGGUGGAUCUGGAUCGAGCAAGAGCUGCAGAAGAAUGUGGAUACUCCGUUCAAGUGAUAUCCAUGGAGCCAGAGAACUGCUCUCCCAAAAAUAACAUGAUUGUGGGAGUCCCCAUUUAAAAUGAGAUAUUCACAUUUGAUAUUUUGCCAUCCGUCUUCAUGUUGGAUGCCCAGUGGCAUUCAGGAGGUUCUUGGCAUAACUAGGAAACAGCAUUAGCCAUCUUGAACCUAUUGUGCUCAGGAGGGAAAGCAACAGGGAAAUCUUGGAAGUAAAGGCUCCCUGCAAAGCAUCACAAAUGCUCUUACAAUGUGUGAUUAAAGGACUGCUGGUUUUCAUAGUGAGAAUCCCCUGAAGUCUCAGCUGCCAAAAGAAUAAUACUAGUGGAGGUUCCAUCACAGGAAUAACAAUUUCCUUCUCACUUCACAAGCUCCUCUGAUCUUGCCAAUGUGAUGUUUAAUUCAAAACAGCGCACUUACAGCCUUUAUUUUAUACUUAUUUAGAUAUUCACAUGGGGACUGAAAGUAGACUCAGUGGAGUUUUUUGUUUUUUAUAUUUUUAGCAAUUGUACUUUUUCUAUCACUUUAAAAAAAUCUAGUCAGGUAAUUAUAGUAUAGUUAUUUUUAAGCUGGGGUUAGUUGAACUUGUAUAGCAUUUAAUAUACUCCUUUUAAAUAUAUUUCUGCCAGGCAUGGUGGCUCAUGCCUAUAAUCCUAGCACUUUGAGAGGCCAAGGUGAGAGGAUCAUUUGAGCCCAGGAUAUUGAGACCAGCCUGCGCUACAAAAAAAUCCAAAAAAUGAGGUGGGAGGAUCACUUGAGCCCAGGAAGUCAAGGCUGCAGUGAGCCUUGAUAGCACCACUGCACUCCUGCCUGGGUGACAAAGCGAGACCUAGAUUCAAAAUAAAUCAGUGAAUGAAUUAAUAAACAAAUAAAUAAAUAAAUAAAUUUCCCAUCAAUUACCACAUGAGAUCGUCACUGGUUCAAAUUAUUAAAUAAUUGCCAUAAAUUUCCUAUUAUGGGAAUGUGGAAUUUGGACAUACAUUUUAACAAUAAGUACAUUGAUUAAUACAUUUAAGUUUAUAAGUAAUUAUUGAGGAUCCAGUAUUUUCAAGACCUUGGCCUAGAUUCUUUUCAAUUCAAAGAUGAGUUGCAAAAGACAUAAUGUUUUGCCUGUGGAAGUAAAUCAUCUAGAAGAAAAA